GACUCUUUUUGCUUUGCUGACACUUACACACACUUUUACACACACACACACACACACACACACACACACACACACACAUGCAGUCGCUUACCUGCUUAGCCACACGCGCUCUUGUAUACAUACACUCUCUAUCUGGCUUCCACACAUACUCUCUCACUCUCUUUGGUGCACUCAUUUCGACUGCUCAAGGAUUGCACUGGAUAUACAGUGUGUGUGUGAGAGAGAGGGAGAGAGAUUGGGAAUGAUGUUGUGAUCUAGUUGCUCUUCCGCGGCUCCAGAAGAAAGCCUUCAGAAGCCAGACUGAACAACACACAGCUGACUGACUUGGAAACAGAUUUACUGCAUCAAUUUUUUUUUUCCUCCAACCCACUCCUGCAACGUCAUUUUCUCUUCGUAGUCCUACUCCCAUCCUGCCUGGUUUCACAUCACAGCUUUUUUUGUUCCUGACCUUUCCCUUCAGCUGCUUUGACCCGGUUAACUCCUGCAGGCUCAGAGCAUUGUGGCAGAUCUUUGGAGAAUGUGAGGCUCAGCUUCUCCCUGGGGUUUCUCCGCUUUCUCUCUUCAUCCUGCUCUUUAUUUCUUCUUUUUUUGUCUUUUUAAUUCUUUCUUUCUUUUUUGAUCAUUCUGUUCUUAUUAAACUCAUCCUUUAGUCUCUCCCAGUCUUGUCUGUCUUCGUCUGUCUUCAUCCUUCUUUUUCUGUCUUGCUCUCCUUUUUCCAUCCUGCGUCGGUCACUCUCAUCCACCUCUCCCUCACUAUGCUCCAUUUCUCUACGUCUCUCUUUGCCCUACAUUUUCAGCUCUUUCUUCUCUGAUGCCAGUUUCUUUUUCUUCUUUCUGCCAUCCAUCCUGCCGUCUCCUUUGGACAACAUUGUGGAUUAACAGAACAAAACUACUACUACUACUGAAAAUUAUACUUUGAUGUGAUUAUAUGGAGUCUUACUUUGCAGCGUUAUUGUGUAACCUGGAUGUUUGACAUACGUUGCUAAACCCUGUGAGUUAAGAUCGUUCUUUGCAUUUCACAUCAAGGAUUGAUUAAUUGGAUCAGCAACUGUGCACCGAAGACCUGAAUUUGAUAUUUUGUGAGGAUUUAUUGGACUGCAGGAUGGCCUAAUGGGUAGAGAAAUCAUCCCCCCACCACAGAAGCCAGGCUCGAAUGACUGUUUCGGGAAGCCUCCACCCUGCUGAAGUGUCCUCAAGCAACUUACUGAAUCCUCUUCACCCACAAGGACUCUUUUGUUGUUGCAGAAUAAGGUCUGACUUCCAGAUUAACUUUGACGUGGACAGAUUCUGCAUGCUGGGCCACAGUGCAUGUGAGAAGCUGAGUCAGACCUUUUAUCUCUGUGUUAUUUAAAGAUGAAAACAUUUGGAGCAUCUCUAUCAGCUGGACUUGGACCCUGAUGAUAGGUGUCGAGUGUAGUGAGCUAGAGCAUAGACAGUAACGGACUGGUAUAUUCACCUCCUGUGGGAUACUUGCUGUGUCAUCAGAUUUUACAGUACAAAGGAUAUUUGACAUCAUCUGUUUCCUUUUACUGGGCUCUUUGCUUUACUGGAGUUACUUACGACCCUGGGGCACUGGCUCUGGUUGAUUUUUUUUUCUAUUGCGUUUCCUGUGGCUAUCUUGUGAGGUGGCUAAUAGUUGCACAAUGGAUUUUAUCACCCCUGUAACUAACCAGUGACAGCCCAGUUACCAGCACAGAAGGUCUCAAUUUCUAACUUUUUGGGGAGAUUUGAUGAUAUCUCCAUUUGCUUUUACUGGGCUUAUUCAAAUUUAUUUACCAGGAAUUUUUCAAAGUUGCGAAAAGCCAGGUUAGGAGCCGAUCCUAGUCCUAGGCUCUAUGCUGUUUUCGGGGCCCAGCAGUUUUGUCUGGGCCCUGUGGCCAGACCUUGAACAGCCCCCCCUACAAAACAAAUGGAGAACAGCGGCUGCAUCCCUCUCUGUUGGAGCAAGGGGGCCUGCAUCUACGCACAGCACCCCCUACCAAAAUAUGACGCCCAGUUAGCCCCAGCAGGAGCAUCUGAGUCAGGCAUGGCGUCGUCUUCCUACUUGGAGCCCAACCACAAUCACUCAUCAGCGGGUGGUUGUGGGGUUAAAUCUCGGUCUGGGAUUCCCGGUGGUACCAGUGUUGGUACCAGCAGCUCUGCCGGAGGCCUUGAGCGUCCCCCAGGCUCCAUGGACCGGGUUCUGAAGAUCUUCCAUUACUUUGAGACAAACAGCGAGCCAUGUACCUGGGCUAGUAAUAUCAGGCAUGGAGAUGCUACAGAUGUCAGGGGUGUCAUCCAGAAGAUAGCAGAGAUCCACAAAUUGCGCUGUGUGUCCUCUCUGGGCCUCCGCCUGACCCAUCUGCACUCUGAUGGACUCCAUUGGUUACACCCUGAUUUGGGCGUGUCUCAUGUCAGGGAGCGAUAUGAGAAACAGCACCCCCAGGAGGAGUGGAGGUAUGAGUUGCGGAUGCGGUACCUUCCUAAAGGUUACCUCAGCCAUUUCUCUGAAGACAAACCCUCUCUCAACUACCUCUAUCACCAGGUCAAGAGUGACUACAUGCAACAUAUAGCUGAUCAGGUGGAUCAAGAUGUUGCUUUAAAGCUGGGCUGUUUGGAAAUUAGGAGGUUCUUCAGAGAGAUGCCAGGCAACGCCCUGGAUAAGAAAUCCAAUUAUGAACUACUAGAGAAAGACGUUGGUUUGAGAAGGUUCUUCCCCAAAAGCCUGCUGGACUCUCUCAAGGCGAAGACUCUUCGUAAGCAGAUCCAACAGACCUUUAAGCAGUUUGCUAACCUCAAUGACGAGCAGAGCAUCCACAAGUUCUUUGAGAUACUCUCUCCCAUCUACCGCUUCGACAAAGAGUGCUUCAAAUGUGCUUUGGGGUCUAGUUGGGUAAUAUCAGUAGAGUUAGCUAUUGGACCAGAGGAAGGAAUCAGCUACCUCACAGAUAAGGGCUCAACGCCAACACACUUAGCUAACUUUAACCAGGUUCAGUCCAUCCAGUACUCCGCUUUGGAAGAGAAAGACAGGAAAGGCAUGCUACAGCUCAACGUAGCAGGCGCUCCAGAGCCCCUCACAGUCACCACGGCAUCACUGACUACGGCAGAAAACAUGGCUGACUUGAUUGACGGCUACUGUCGGCUCGUCUCCUCAGCUACUCACUCCUUUAUUGUCAGAGUCCACAAAGAGGGUGACAGAGCUCUGCCUUCCAUCCCCAAAGUUUCAAAUCAUGAGAAGCGGAUGGAAAAACGAAUGGACGGAGUACGGACCAGAGCUGUUUGCGUCUCAGGUCACACUAGUGGUGAUGAAACAGACGACUAUGCUGAGAUUAUAGAUGAGGAGGACACUUAUACCAUGCCUUCAAAAUACUAUGGACUAGAUCAAGCACGGGACUACGAGAUUCAGCGGGAUCGUAUUGAGUUGGGACGCUGCAUAGGUGAGGGUCAGUUUGGAGACGUCCACCAAGGAGUCUACAUAAGCCCGGAGAACCCAGCCCUGUCUGUGGCAGUGAAGACGUGUAAGAACUCAACAUCAGACAGCGUCAGGGAAAAGUUUCUCCAAGAAGCAUUGACCAUGCGUCAGUUUGACCACCCACACAUUGUAAAGCUGAUGGGAGUCAUCACUGAGAAUCCAGUCUGGAUCAUCAUGGAGCUCUGCACACUCGGAGAGUUACGGUCAUUUCUCCAGGUGAGGAAGUACAGUCUAGACUUGGCCAGUCUCAUCUUGUAUUCAUACCAGCUCAGCACGGCACUGGCAUAUCUGGAGAGCAAACGCUUUGUACACAGGGACAUCGCAGCUCGGAACGUGUUGGUGUCUACAGUCGACUGUGUAAAGCUGGGGGACUUUGGUUUGUCACGAUACAUGGAAGAUAGCUCUUAUUACAAAGCAUCUAAAGGUAAACUGCCUAUUAAAUGGAUGGCUCCAGAAUCCAUCAACUUCAGACGAUUUACCACAGCCAGUGACGUUUGGAUGUUUGGCGUCUGUAUGUGGGAGAUCCUAAUGUUCGGCAUCAAGCCUUUCCAGGGUGUGAAGAACAAUGAUGUCAUUGGCAGGAUAGAGAACGGCGAGCGACUGGCUAUGCCCCCUCAGUGCCCUCCUACUCUCUACAGUUUGAUGACAAAGUGUUGGUCGUAUGAUCCCAGCAAGAGGCCACGCUUCACUGAACUCAAAACACAACUGAGCACUAUAUUAGAGGAGGAGAAGCUCCAGCAGAAAGAGAGGAGCAGGAUGGAGAUGAGGAGACAGGUCACGGUUUCUUGGGACUCCGGAGGGUCUGACGACGCACCACCAAAACCCAGCUGUCGUCCCUCCCUGCAGCCCACCUUCAGUCUGGAUUGUCUGUCUGCUCCUUCUCCUCACCACCACUGCCAUCCAAACAAGUGCUUUGCCUCACAGCUUUCCCUCUGCCUUGGAAACCCUCAGCUUUCAUCUCCAUGCACCUCUUCUCACCUACCCACUCCUCCACUCUACUCAUCAUCUCUGCAAUUUCCCCAUAAUUUUUCCUCUUUUCCUGAGCCUCCGCCUGAAUCACCUUCUCUUCAAAACACCGCUUACUACAAUCGCUCUUUCUCUCAGCACAACACCAAGUUGAAUCCUGAAUCCAGAGCUCAUCCCAGCUUGUUCCUACAGUCUCAUGCUAACUUCUAUUCUCCACCUCACACCAGUUCAGACAGCCUGUCCAGUGCCAGCUGCCCCCACAAGACAAAUCCCCUUACUAAUGGCCACCUGCUCUGUUCAUCCCAGCCAAAGUCAAACAACUCACACGUCCAUCCCUGGCACUUCUCCCCACUCCAUUCCCAGUCUAGUCCUAACCUUAACUCUCUGCCCCGCAGCAUGUCAAAUGUUUGUCCCCACCCCCUCCGAAACAUCCAGCCCAAGUCAAAUUCUAAUCUUAAAGCCCUGCUGUUGCCCAGCUUUCACCCUCCCUGCCAAACUAAUCCCAGUAUCCCACUACAACCCAACUCUGACCCCAAGCACCAACACCCUGCUGUGCAGUCAUGUGGGAGGCCCCCGCUGGUCUCUCCUGCCCCCCUCACUGUUCCACACACAGAAAGAAAGCUCCCAAUAACCUCUGCCUGCACUCUGUCUUCCACUAACCUCCAUCCAUCCCGUCAAAUGUCAAGCCUCCCUGUAACUACCCAUACACCUUUUCCCAUCCCCUGCUCUGAAAGACCCAUGUGCAGACCCUUGAAGCCUAGUAGACCAGGCUAUCCCAGUCCUCGCUCGAGUGACGGUUUUUACCCCAGUUCCCAACAUCCUGGACACUACCAGAUGGCAGGGUACCCUGGCCCUCACACCCUCCCCUCGGUGCCCAGCGCCCUGUACCCCCCACAGGCUGCGAUGCUGGACACACACCACGCGCACACACACCCCCGCCACCACGUCCACACACACUCGCACGCACAGCUCCUUCCCCAGCCACAUGGACACGACAUGGCACUAUGGGGCUCUGCGAUGGAGGACAGGGCAGUAGACAUGCAGCAGUGUGUAGGCCAGCAGUGCCUGUUAAUGGAGGAACAGCUGAUGAUACAACAACAGCAGAUGGAGGAGGACCAGAGGUGGCUGGAGGAGGAGGAAAGGCUGCUGAAACCAGACUCUAGAAGUUCUAGAGGGAGUCUGGACAGAGAAGAAGGUGGACUUCAACCACCGACAGGAAACCAGCACAUAUACCAGCCCGUUGGCAAACCAGAGCAUGCAGCACCCCCAAAGAAACCCCCUCGACCCGGGGCCCAGAGCCAAGUGGGCAGUCUGGCCUGUCUAAAUACUGGAGACAGUUACAACGAUGGAGUCAAGCCCUGGCGGCUGCAGCCCCAAGAGAUAAGCCCGCCCCCCACCGCCAAUCUGGACCGCUCCAAUGACAAGGUGUACGAGAACGUGACAGGAUUGGUCAAAGCUGUGAUCGAGAUGUCAAGCAAGAUUCAACCAGCUCCUCCAGAGGAAUACGUUCCCAUGGUCAAGGAUGUGGGUCUGGCAUUGAGGACAUUAUUGGCCACAGUGGAUGAGACUCUGCCACAACUUCCAGCCAGUACACACAGAGAGAUUGAGAUGGCACAGAAACUUCUGAACUCUGACUUGGCAGAGUUGAUUGGGAAGAUGAAGUUAGCCCAACAAUAUGUGAUGACCAGUCUCCAGCAGGACUAUAAGAAGCAGAUGUUGACAGCGGCUCACGCUCUUGCAGUUGAUGCCAAGAACCUGCUGGAUGUCAUUGACCAAUCACGGCUUAAGAUGAUGGCCCAUUCCCGUCCACACUAGCCCCACGUCAGCUGAGCGGCGGAGAACUAAAGACUCCUGAAUUAAUAACGUCAAUCAUGAUAUAUGAGAGCUGUUGGAGCCGACUGCUUUACAUCAAAGGAGAAAAUAAUGGCUCUGAUAAUUUUACAGUCUGUGAAGAAUCAUUAGAUGUUGAAUCCUGUAUAAACUGAGGUAGUCAGUUAAUCUGGGAUAAAACUCUCCACCACUGUGACUUUCUUAAUACAAGAACAGAGCAAAAACACUUCCUGAAUCAGGGACUUGGCAGCUUCACGUAAUAAUGAGAGGAGGAAAAGUGAAGAGGAAGAGUGAUAACUACAGGUGACUAUGGGUCUGGACCUGAGAUGAGCCUGAUCCCUGGGGUCCCAGGUUUAAAAGGUUUAAAAACCUCUGACAGAAACACUAUCAUGGGAGCGAUUAGAUCUUGAACUGUUAACAUCUGGUGGAUUAGUCUUAGUGGAAUACAACUCUCAAGCAAAGCCAUCAGAACCUGAUCGGACUGCGUUUGAUCUGCAACAUAUCUGCAUGAAUCGUCACUGUGGGAAUGGACUCCGACUUCAGCCAGCAGCCAUGUCAGUACAUUUGUUGAUAUCAUGUGUUUUGACCCCUGGAUGUGUCUCCUCAGCUGAAAUACCUCCUCAUCACCAUGGAUUCUUUUGAAUGGGGCAGAUCAAACCAGAUGUUUUCUAUUCAGCUGUAAUGCUUUGAGUGGAUGAUUCGACAAGGAAAUUCACAGUAAAAAGAGUCUCGGUUUGGUUUGGAGAAGCAGCUUCCCAACCUCCAUCGCUCCUCCCGUCUUCCCUCUGUCUCACCAGGUUUUAUUUAUAGACUCAGAAAUUGCAGAGGAGGAGACUGAGGGAGAGACGGGAAGAAGGUAUUAAAACUUGAGGACAGUCUAGCACCAGUCUACUGACUGAAGAAAGAACAAUAUCCUCCUCUUCCCUCUCUAUUUCACUCACUUUACUUUUCUUCUCACUGUUCCUCUCCUUCCUGAUGUCUUCCUCAGCUCGUCUCUGCGCAGGUUUUAAAGACUCCAAAUGUGAAGAAUCCCAAUCUGUCUGGGUAAACGCCGCAGACAGGAAACUCCCUUACGCGCACUCAAUUUAUUCACUCAAUUCUCUUUUUAUCGGCUGGCUCCAUGUUUUUUGUGUUGUUUUCAGCAGUCACAGUCUUCUUCCUCUAUACUGAUAUUCAAUCCCAGCAUUGACUCUGAUAUAUAUUGAAGGUGGAUUUUGAGGAUUCAGUCUGAGUGACUGGAUACUUCCUAUUCAUCAAGGAGGAAAAGGAGGACAUCAUGUCUCAGACUGAUCACUGAGCUUGACUUAUAAACAGUUUCUGCAAGGACAGUGUCUCCUCUUCUUUCAUUUUCCUCAAAGUCCCAAUAUCAUUCAGUUGUUCCUCAUAUGAGACUGGUGUCACACCUUUAUCUGUCCCCUCACCCACCUGUGUCACAAAGUGAAUUUACUGGGGAUACAAACAAACCUCACAACUGGAACCUUUGUGCUUUGAGUCCCAGUUUCCAUCAGGUGUUACACUUUAAUUAUGUCCCUCCUAACAACAGGGAAACAAACACACAUGAAAUGUGGAGCCACAUGACUGGAACUUGUCUUGCAGACACAAAACACCGAACUGAAAACACAGCAGAUCACACGUGUCUUUGUUAAUACUGACCCCACACGGAGUAUGACAAACUGCUAUAUGAAAUAUACUGGUGACUGAACUGGUAUAGCAUGAUAUACUGGUAUGGAGAAGAGCAUAUUUGCACAGCACCAAAAAAAAAAUCCUAACUUUUUUAACCCUAUUUUACCCAGAUUGGAUUUCCAUGUUUAGCCAGCAACGACACUAUCACAUAUCUGGGUUUUAUAGGGAUUAAAAAAAAAUAUGUAAAAAAACCCCAAUCUAUUUUAUCUCAUUGUUGUUGCGUAAAUCUGCUCAUGUUGGUAUAUUGUAAGCUAUACUGGUGUGUAUCACUGGUGAAUUGUACAGAACUCGUACUAGUAAACACUGGUUUUUAUUUCGUCUUCUGGGCUAAAUCAGCCAUCUUGUCAAAUAGGAGGAAACAAACCAAUGAAAUAAAAUAAUGACGAAAUGGAAA